UCGCUGUAUGUGUGAACGUAGCUUCACCCGGGAACCGGUUUGGAGUGAAACCGGUGAAAUCUGGCAACCCUGCGUGGAGCUGAGAGGCAGUGAGUGGAGGCGAGUCUCAGGUGAGGAGCAGAGGCGCUGUGCUGCAAACCGCCUGUCACACACUGCAGGUGAUAUCCACACAGCAGUCCCAAUGAGCAGCUUUAAGAGAAUAAACUUCUUCAAAGCACCACCAGAUCCAUGUUUAAAGCAGAUCUGCUGAUGGUGGUGAUGGCAAGUGAUCUGCUCUUGCUUCAUUUAAAGUCCAUGUGUCAUUGGAUUUCCACAAAUCAGCUCCUGGCUGUCAGUUGAUACUGAGUUGGAGUUGUACUGGAUGAUAAAAGAGCACCUGGCACCCCUAAAAAAACAAGGAUGAUUUCCUUCUAACCACUUCAUGCUUCCAGAAGAGCCCCCUGUCCUGGAUUUUACAUUCACUUUCCUGUACACCGCAGAUGUGAGAAGACAAAUGGUGGACUUUUGCUCUGGUUCAUAACUAAACAGAACCAAAAGAAAAGGGUUUCAUCUCUUAUAGAUCUGUUAUGGAUGUCAUGAAGCGCACUUUCUGGUUGAGAAUAAACACCACCGGGAUUUCACAAUUCCCAGACUGUUUUAAAUGAUUCCUAAUCCAGAUGUGUAGAAGAUUAGUGACAUUGUGAUUGACUUGACAAGGAGCUAGGAUGCCAAAACAGCACUACAGGAAACUGUCUCUGUUCCAGGCGCUCACCCUUGUUACGCUGUUGACGUCCCCGGAUUGCCUGUCAUCCCAGCAAACUCAGGGCAGACGUGUUGGCCGUUCAUCUCGAGUGCCUCGGCAGCUGUUUUAUAAGAACGAAUGGGCUUCGUGGGGAGUUUGGUCUGAGUGCUCUCGCUCCUGUGGUGGAGGAGCGUCCAUCCGCCGACGGACCUGCAUCUACAGGAAUCCACGUGGAGGACAAUGUUUGGGAGAUCCCAGGCAGUAUAAGAUCUGCAACACUAAGGGGUGUCCUCCUGGAGCUCUAGACUUCAGAGACCUGCAGUGCAAAGCUUUUGAUGACAAGCCUCUGGUUGCUGGGAGCACUUACCAGUGGACUACUUUUCAUGGAGGCUCUGACCCCUGUGAGCUCAGCUGUUUGGCCCUGGGUCACAAUUUCUACUACAACUUUGGGCGAGUCCUGGAUGGCACACCCUGCCCAACCGAGCCUGGGGCCGUAUGUGUGAACGGGAAAUGCCUGAAACCAGGGUGUGACCUGAUCUUUGGCUCCCAGCAGCAGGAAGAUGCCUGUAUGGUGUGUGGAGGCCAGAACACCACCUGCCUUCAUCAUCGCAGUGUGUACUGGAGUAACGGCCAGGAGAUCGGGCCGUUUGGAUACAAUGAGGUCACCAUGAUCCCAGCCGGAGCCACCCACAUCAGAGUGACUGAUAACAGCAAAAACUAUUUAGCCCUUCAGAAUGGACGUUCCCAGUUUGUGAUUAAUGGGAACUGGAAGAUCAGUGUUCCAGGGGAGUAUAAUGUGGCUGGGACCAAACUGCUGUACCGCCGCUCUGCUGAUACGUGGGAAAGCUUUGAGGUGCCUGGGCCGACACAGGAGGACUUGCACAUUAUGGUUCUGUCCACUGAUAAGAAUUCUGGGAUAGAGUAUGAGUACUGGCUGCCCACUGAUCUCUACGCCCUGCAUCAUGGAAGGCAGAGUCCAUACCGGCAUCAGCACACAUCAAACUUCCUGCCCUGGGAACUGCCAACUACCACCACCACUACCACCACCACCACCACCACCACAAUGAGACCUCCUGCCGCCAAAGAGCCGUCAUGGGGUGGACGAAAACCUCCCAGGAGACCUCCCUUUCAGCAGCAGCCACUGCCUCGUCUGGAACGAGAUGAGAAGAGUAACUACCUGCCCCGGACCCACAGCACAGGUUACUGCGGUAAAUGCAGGAGGGUGAAGGGGCGUGGGGAACGGCAGAGGCAGUACUGCCAGAAGGAUUAUGUCUUCAGAGCCAAGAUCUUGGGGAAGGUCUAUGUUGGCGAGGAGACACGGUACGACGUGCAAAUUAUCCACACGUACCGUAACCGCUUCCGUCUGGAACACCGGGAAUACCUGUGGGCCCCCAACAGGUGUGAUUGCCCUGCACUGGAGGAGGGUUAUCAGUACGUGCUAAUGGUCAGGCGUCACGUCAACCAUGAACAGACACUCGAUCGCAUUCUGCUGGAGGAGGACAGCUACGCUCAGCUUUACCGCCCACGUGAGGACAGCCUACUGCGCCCCCUGGAGGAUCUUUGCAGUAAUAGGGGACCGAGAACUCACCAGAGAGGGUAGAGGACGUGGACUUGGACCCUGUUUAGCUGAGUUCAUUGUGCACUUGUUAUAUUUAAUCCUGCUUCGAAAAAACAGAAAUGACAAGAAAAACUACCUGUUGCUGGCUUUAAAAAGUAUCUGUGGAUAUUACAGGAACCCUUAGGAAGAAAAAAAGCCUAUAUGCUCCAGAGUUAUACCAAAGCUACUCACUAAAUGAAGCACUUUAGGUGGAUGUUAUAACCUACCUUUAAAAAUGCAUAUACCAAAGAAGAACAUAUUGUUUGUAUUAUUAUCAGAGUUAAUGUUGCCUUACAUAUAUAUAUAUAUAUAUAUAUAUAUAUAUAUAUAUAUAUAUAUAUAUAUAUAAUCCAUACACUCACCUUUAUUAGGAAGACCUGCGCUUUCAUGCAGUUAUUUAAUCAGCCAAUCAUGUGGCAGCAGCACAAUGCAUAAAACGUGCAGAUAUAGGUCAAAAGCUUCAGUUAAUGUUCACGUCAAACAUCAGAAUGAAGAAAAAGUGUGAUCUCUGUGACAUUGAUUGUUGCAUGGUUGUUGGUACCAGAAGGGCUGGAUUGAGUAUUUCAUUAACUGCUGAUCUCCUGGGAUUUUCACACACAACAGUCUCUAGAGAUUACACAGAAUGGUGUGAAAAACAACAAACAUUGAAUGAGCGACAGAUCUGUGGGUGGAAACAUCUUGUUGAUAAGAGAGGGCCAGAUUGGUUCGAGCUGACAGGAAGUCUACAGUAAUUCAAAUAAACACUCUUUACAACCAUGGUGAGCAGAAAAGCAUUUCAGCAUGCACAAAACAUAGAACCUUGAGGAGGAUGGGCUACAACAGCAGAAGACUACAUUGGAUUCCACUCCUGUCAGCCAAGAACAGGAAUCUGAGGCUAGCGUGGACACAGACUCACCGAAACCGGACAGCUGAAGAUUAGGGGGAAAAAAAAUCACCUGGUCUUUUUUCCAAACUUCAACAGUCCAGUUAUGGUGAAUCUGUGCCCAGACUGUGAAAUUAUGUGAAAAUUGAUUUUAUGCAUUGUGCUGCUACAUGAUUGGCUGAUGUACAGGUGUUAAGGUGACUGGUGUGUGUGUGUGUGUGUGUGUAUGUAUAUAUAUAUAUAUAUAUAUAUAUAUAUAUAUAUAUAUAUAUAUAUAUAUAUAUAUAUAUAUAUAUAUAUAUAUGUGUGUGUGUGUGUGUGUGUGUGUGUGUGUAAUGGGGCAUAAAAUGUAUGUAUCUAAUUUCUCUGCUGUUGUUUUUCUACAAUUAUUGUUUUUUUUAAUUAUAUUUAUAAUAAUAUUGUAUGUAGAAAUUAUACCUACAUUUAUGUAUGUGUUUUGCUUUUGAUAUAUAUUUUCACUAUCAGUGUAUGUGUUGCCAGUGAUGCAAAAAGUUUAUUGAAUACCUCAAGCAGAAGACUGACUUGAUUGUUAUCAGAUUGCUUCACUGAGAUGAUCCGUUGAAGAGACUGAAACAUUUCAGGAGGAUCUCCGUAACGAUCAGUAGACAUGGAUAAUGAUGCUUUCCUGAAACUGGACCUAAAUCUCUUCCACUGUAUAAUCAAAGUCACUGAUAUAUUUGAUAAUAGUUUUCUUAGAUCAUCAUUUAUAUUAUUUAUCCAGAAUGCAGUCCCACAAGCACAUGUUCCACACACUCCACUAACUAAACCGACACUGUGUUUAAUUAUUAUCAGAAAAACUAAUGCCGAAUGUGCAUCCGUGUAAAUGCAAAAUGGGGGAUGCAGCAUAGUUCAAUAAAAACUUGCCAUGAGACAGCGGAGCACUGAAGAAA